AUGCCUAUCUUUGACGCUUCGUCGAGUGGUCUCUUUUCGCACUUAAGGAGCUUUCUAGAUGACCUUGGUUUAGAUCUAGCUGACUGUGUUGCUGACGGGACGGAUGGAGCGAGUGUGAUGUGCGGAAAGCAUAACAGUCUUUUUACUGAGAUGCAGGAAGUCAACCCUCGCCUCGUCCUUGCAAAAUGUUUGUGUCACUCUCUGGAUCUUGCAUGCAAUGAGGUGGUAGAUGUGCUGCCGACACAUAUGGAUUAUCUCGUUCGAGAGGCGUUUAAUUGGUUCUCGCACUCCCCAAAGCGGCAACAGGUGUACAGGGCCAUCUAUGCGGCUAUCAAUUCUGGGGACGCCCCCAGGAAGCUUGUAGGACUGUCAGCCACGCGUUGGUUUUGGAUUGCUGAUGCAUUAAAGUUAAUUGUUGAUCAGUGGCUGGAAUUGAAAACACAUUUCGAAUUAGCCAAGUGUCAAGAAAGAUGCUAUUCUGCGAAAGUACUUAGUGAGAUUUACCGCGAUGAGCAAAACUUGCUGCUUGCAAGGUUCCUAAGCCCCAUUGUCAAUGAGUUCAAUCACUUAAACAAGAAAUUUCAGUGUGAGAAUACAGAUUCUACAAUGAUGCACAAGGAUUUGUUGUCGUUUGUGAUAUCGCUUAAGAACAGAGUGAUCAUGCCCACUCACGCAUCACCAGAGUGCACGGACUGGGAAAAGUACGUGCUUCACGUGCGGGAAUGUAGAAUGGGAAGUGUUUAUCUUAACGCCCUUGAAAAGUUCUCGCUUUGUGAGAAGGACAAAGUCGAGCUGCUCGAAAUAUGCCUGCGGCUGUAA